CUCCUCCCCUCCCCUCCCCUCUCCUCUCUCUCUCUCUUCUCUCCUCCUCCACUCUCCCACGCCGCCGACGACGACGAUGGCCGACGAGCACUUCUUCCCCGCCGGCGACUACUUCUCCACCUCCUCGUCCGGCGCCGGCACGGGCGGUGCGGGCGCGUUGCUGCCCGCCGCGGCGUACGGGACGAUGACGAUGAUGCCGCCGUGGGCAGUGGCGGCCGCCGAGCAGAUGAUGAUGAUGGCGCCGGCGGCGGCCGCGGCGGAGUUCGACUCCGCGCUCAGCUCCCUCGUGUCGUCUCCGCAGGGCGGCGGCGGCGGCGACGAGAUGGCGGCCAUCGGCGACCUCAUCGGCCGGCUUGGGAGCAUCUGCAGCCACCGGGCCAGCGCCAACAACUCCUGCUACAGCACGCCGCUCAGCUCCCCGCCGCGGGCCGCCCCGCCGCCGCCGUUCCGUGGCUUAGCCGCCGGCGGCAGGCUGUCCCGUGUCUCCAGCAGCAAGUCCCCGGGCGCCGCCGCGGCAUUGGACAGCUCCGAGGCCGACAUGAACCCCACCACCGCCGCCGCCGCCGACCAACCAUCCAAGCCCUCCGCCGCCGCCGCCGCCCGGAAGCGCAAGUCGUCGGCGAAGCCCAAGGCCUCGUCCUCAUCCUUACCCACGGCCACGGCGACGACGAACGCGAGCCCGAAGCGGUCCAAGGUCGCCGCCGGCGCCGGAGACGACGGCGACGCCGACGCCGACGCGGCGGAGGAGAAGCCGGAGCCAGCCAAAGACUACAUCCAUGUGAGGGCGAGGCGGGGGCAAGCCACCGAUAGCCAUAGCCUCGCCGAGAGGGUGAGGAGGGAGAGGAUAAGCGAGAGGAUGAAGCUUCUGCAGUCGCUCGUGCCAGGCUGCAACAAGAUCACCGGCAAGGCUCUCAUGCUGGACGAGAUCAUCAACUAUGUGCAGUCGCUGCAGCGUCAGGUCGAGUUUUUGUCCAUGAAGUUGGCGACCAUGAAUCCUCAGCUGGACUUUGACAGCCAUUACAUGCCUUCCAAAGAUAUGAGCCAUAUGCCAGUACCCGCAUACCCGUCAAGCGAUCCGACCACCACCACCGCGUUCUCCUACACCGGCUCACCCGCCACUGCUGAUCCAUUCACCGUCUACAACUGCUGGGAGCUCGACCUCCACACCGCUAUGCAAAUGGGAGCCACCACCGGACUCAGCCAAGACGGUCCAAUCGCAACGAUGGCACCCUCUCCCUCGCCAUUGCCGCACCAUCCUCCUCUUCACGGCUUCUACGGGGGGCAGCAGCAGCAGGGGACGACAGUAAACCACAUGAAGGCCGAGCCAUAAUAAAUGCGGCGACCUCUCCUUCUGUACAUACGCCCAGCCGCCGUACGUGUACUCCGCUUUUCUGCUCCCAUCCUGCAGCAUCAGCAUCACCAGCAGCAGCAAACCCAAGCUCACAAUCAUUGCCAUCAAAGAAGAAAGAAGAGGAUGUUGUGUGUGACUGUGUGUGUGGCUUUGAUCAUGGCUUUGGCUUGAUCCUACAAAAGCCACUAUCUUUUUUUCCGCUUUUCUACCCCUCUGCCGUCUGUCACUGCAGGUGGGGCCCAGCUGCACAGGGAAGGAGAAGGUUUUCCAAGGCUUAACUUUUUCCAGAUGCAGUGUCAUAUUGUUUAGGCAAAGAACUUGUUUUGAUGUUGUGAUGCUUGUAGGACAGAGGAGUAUAUGUGUAGUAUGUCUGGAAAUGGCAAGGCAGGGGAGCUGUGUGACCUUUGUGUGUGCUGGUUGCAUGCCCUAACUGUAGAAAAAAAAAAGAGGAGGAUUGUGCUAGUGAUGUUAGUAGUGGUAGUGGCUUUGUAGGAUUUGGCAUGCAUGGGGAUGUAUGUACUAUGUAUGUAGAGAUUGGAGAGGAUUUUGAAAAACACCUUCCUUUUUUGUGGACAUUGUUUUGUAUCAAGAGUACUGGAAUCAUCAUGCAUGCAAGAAAUGUUCUUUGAACAAUAA